AUGCCCCCUUCGUCCAGAACCUCGCUCAAGAGGCUCAACACAAACUCUCUCUGUAAUCACGUGAUCGUGAUCUCUGCCGAGAAUGUUCAGGAGACCGUCCGUGCAACGCAUCGCGACUUCCUCCGUUUCAAGCUCCCAGACCAGACCGUGAGCUCUAAUUGGAAAUCUGUUAUUUCUCUCCGCAAGGCAGGCAUUCCCUCCAACGCGCUCUCGGUUCCAGACUUCUCGACCAACUCAGGCAAUUCGAAAGAUGGCAACAACAAUGCGGCACUGCCCUUCGCGAAUCCUUUCAAGGACAUGCAGGUCCCAAAUGCCCUGAAGUCAUGGCAAACACCUCCGCCGCCUGCCGUGGAAGUUGCCAGCAGCCCGCUUUUGGAGGCCAAGGCACCGGAAUGUGGACUUGUGAGAUUGCAAGCGGGGGAUGGGCGGCCUACGAUUGUGGCAUUCUUGAGACAUACCGGAUGUCCUUUCGCGGAAAAGACAUUCCUCGAGCUCCGUCGCGUCGCGAACAAGUACCCGGAUAUCCACUGCGUUGCUAUCUCCCACGCCUCGAAAGCCGCAACGGACAAAUGGGUGUCGGCCAUCGGGGGUGCGUGGGCCGUGAGAGUCGUCCUGGACGAGGGGAGAGAGGUUUAUGCCUGCUGGGGACUCGGGGUUAGCACGACCUACCAUCUACUGAAUCCCUGGACCCAAAUGGCUGCUAGAAGGCUCGGAACAAAUGAGAAUAUCUGGGGGAGAGAGGUUGAUCCGAGUGCCAACCGCUGGCAGGUGGGUGGAUGUUGGGCUAUAGAUGAGAUGGGCUUCCUCAAAUGGGGCGCUGCCAACAAUACGGCCGACUCGAUUCCAGACCUGGCGGAAGCAUGCAAGGUGCUCGGGUUCAAGUGA